CUCCUGGUCUGGUUCCUGGUCUGGUUCCUGGUCUGGCUCCUGGUCUGGUUCCUGGUCUGGCUCCUGGAUGCAGGGCCUGAGGCCGGUGGUGGAGGUGGUCCGCCUGGGCCUGGUCACCUAUCAGGAGGCCUUGCGGUUGCAGCAGGUCUAUGUGAACCGGCAUCGGUCCGGUCCAGCUCACGCACUGUUGCUCUGUCAGCACCCACCAGUUUACACCACUGGGAUCCGCCAUAAACCCUACCCUGCCCCCCUGCUGGACCAGCUCCGCCUACUGGGGGCAGAUGUGCACCGGACCAACAGAGGGGGUCUGAUCACCUUCCACGGCCCGGGUCAGCUGGUCUGCUACCCCGUCCUGAACCUGGGCAGCUUCAAGAAGAGUGUUCGCUGGUACGUGAGCCAGCUGGAGGAAACCAUCAUCUCCGUCUGCAGCCGGCUCGGGGUCGACGCCUCCACGUCGCCUCACACUGGCGUCUGGGUCGGUGACAACAAAGUGUGUGCCGUCGGAAUCCACUGUGGUCGCUACAUCACAUCUCACGGUUUGGCUCUGAACUGUAACACCGACAUGUCGUGGUUCAGCCACGUGGUCCCGUGUGGCAUCGAGGGGAAAGGAGUGACGUCGCUGAGCGCGGAGCUGCACAGAGACGUGAGCGUGGAGGAAACCCUCCCUCACCUGCUGGACGCCUUCACAGAGCAGUUCCAGUGUCAGCUGACCCACGCUCCACCAGCAGAGCAGCAGCAGCUCUGACCUCACUGUACAUCAUCAUCAGUCACUGCUCAGUCAUGAGUCAUUGUUGGGUUCUAAUAAAGGUUUUUGAAUGA